AUGAUCAAAUAUCUCAUCGCUGCAUUUGUGCUUUUCCUGACAAUUCCAGCGCAGGCCGAAGAUCGCUGGAUUUCGAUCCCGCCGGCCCCGCCUAUGCCGGAAGCCGCAUCAAGCGGAACGGUGAAUGUCAACGGCAUCGACAUGUAUCAUGCGAUUUACGGGGAUGCCGACGGCACACCGAUCCUGCUGAUCCACGGUGGUCUGGCCCAUGGCGAUAUAUGGGCAGCCCAGGUCGCCGACCUCAUGCAGGACCACACGGUGAUUGUUGCCGAUACCCGCGGUCACGGGCGCUCGACAAACGACGGCAGCGAGUAUACCUACGCCCGCCUGGCUGCGGACUACCUGGCGCUGCUCGACCAGAUCGGUGUUGAUCGCGUACAUCUGGUCGGCUGGUCGGAUGGGGCGAAUAUCGGAUAUUCGAUUUCGCAGACAAAUCCUGAGCGCCUUGCGAGCCAUUUCGCCCAUGCCGGCAACAUCACGCUUGAUGGUGUCGAUCCGUCUGUCGAGACAAACGAGGUCUUCGGAACCUAUGUUGGAAUGAUGGCGGGUGACUAUGCCGAAAUGUCACCGACCCCGGACGGGUUCGAGAAUUUUUUGGGUGCUGUUGCCAAAAUGUGGGGAUCUUCAAAACCGGGUGGACCCGACGCUCUCAAGUCCGUAACGGUCCCGACGCUUGUGGUGCAAAGCGAAUUUGACGAAGCCAUCCUGAUGGACCACGCGAAGAUGAUUGCCGAGAUCAUGCCGAGCGCAGAUUUCCUGGUCCUUGAGGAUGUCAGUCAUUUUGCUUCGUUCCAGGCCGCCGACGAAUACACCGAUGCCAUUCGGAAUUUCAUCGAACCCUGA